CUGCCUCAAAACAAGAAGACAGAUAUCCCUACUCGAGCUAUAUAUAUAUAUACCAACAUAAGUAUCUUUUAAACACUUAAAAGAGAAAAACAUUAUUGCAAGGUGUAAGACUACGAAUCUAUCCUGACACAUUGGGAGCACUUGAGACUACUCAAGUAGUUAAUUAGUUCCAAGGGUAUCCAAGUACUCCACUAUUAGCUCAAACAUAUCUCUGUAUAUAAAAUAGCAUACUACUAUUAUCACAGUGAAAAUAAAACGGAAAUACCCAACGGUGAGCAGCAACCCUUGAGCGUAACGAAGUAAAGUGCACAUGUCGAGGCGCAAACCCUCGCGGCAGCUCAAAGCUGGCAGCCGCACCUCAACAUCUACCUAUCCCGCCGCGAGAUUGCAUCCACCUUUGACAUCUCUCCGCAACUACUGCUCUCCUCCUCCCCCAGGAGACAGUUUCUCAUUUAAUCUUGUGCUCACCAGAAAUAACUCUAGUACUCGCGAUCCCCCUCAACGUAACCACCAUGUUGGUCUCCGGCCGCGGCAGCAUUGCGCAUGUCCAGUACACGGGCGAAGAGGCGCCAGCAGAGAUUAAGAAAUUCCUCGACGACGUGGCUGCACACGAAGAUGAAUUCGAGAAAUGGGAGGCUCUGCUCAAUCGCGCCAUGGAGCUCGAGGGAGGUGUUAUGCGCAACUCCAGCCCCUCAUCCAUCGAGCUUGUCCGCAACGUCUACGACUGCUUCCUAGCCAAAUUCCCUCUCUUCUUUGGAUACUGGAAAAAGUAUGCUGAUUUCGAGUUCGCCAUCGGUGGCACGGAAACCGCUGAAAUGGUCUACGAGCGCGGUGUCUCCAGCGUAUCGAGCUCGGUCGACCUCUGGACCCACUACUGCUCCUUCAAGCUCGAUACCAGCCAUGACAAUGAUGUUCUAAGAGCUCUCUUCGAGCGUGGCGCAGAGUUCGUCGGUCUAGAUUACCAAAGUCAUCCUUUCUGGGACAAAUAUAUCGAGUUCGAGGAGCGGAUCAACGAGCCUUCCAACGUCACUGCACUCCAGCGCCGCGUUUUCCAGUUGACGCUCUACCAGUCUAGUAGAUACUACGAGAAGUUCCGCGGCCACAUAUCAACCCGACCCAUCGAAGAACUUGGCGAUGCAGAGUUACUGGAAACGGUGAAGACUGCGGUCGACAGAGAGAACGCUGGCUACGACCGCCCAGCCGCGGAGCUUGAUCGCCAGUUCAGGGCAAAGCUGGAUGCCCAUUACUACGAGAUUUACGGAGUUGUGCAGCAGGCCGUCACCGCGCGCUGGACAUACGAGAACGCUAUCAAGCGGGCCUAUUUCCACGUGACGGAGCUGGAGGAAGCUGACUUGGACAACUGGCGCAAAUACCUGGAUUUCGAGGAGAAGCAAGGCAACUUUCAGCGCGUCCAGUUCUUGUACGAGCGAUGCUUGGUGGCUUGCGCGCUCUACGAGGAGUUCUGGCUACGCUAUGCGCGUUGGCUGUUCGCCCAGGGCAAGGACGAGGACUGCCGUUUGGUCUACAUGCGAGCGAGCUGUAUCUUCGUCCCCAUCUCCCAGCCGGCAAUCCGCUUAAACUGGGCCCGUUUCGAGGAAAAGCUUGGCCGUGUACAGGUCGCCCACGACAUCCACUUGGCAAUUCUGGCUCAACUACCUGACCACGUCGAGACCAUCAUCUCUCUGGCCGGCGUCGAUCGUCGGAAUGAGGGCAACGAUGCCGCUGUUGCCACGCUGGAGACCUACAUCAGCCAUUCCAACGCUCAAGUUGGUGGCAUCCUUGCGGCGGAGCAAGCCCGAAUUCUCUGGCAAUGCAAAGGUUCAGUUGACGAAGCCCGGGCUUUGUUCAAGGCCAAGCAUGCGCAGUUCCUAGAGUCGAAACAUUUUUGGCUCAAGUAUCUGGAAUUCGAGGCAGCACAACCUGCCGUGGAUCAAGAGGAAGCUCAUGGCCGUGUCAAGGAAGUCCAUGAGUUGGUGCGUGCAAAAGGGCAGUUCUCUCCUGAAGCUUCCAAAGAGCUGUCAUACUACUACAUGGAGUAUCUGCUCAAUCGUGGAGGCAAGAAGGCCGCCGAGGAAUUUAUGCUUCUUGAUAAGGACGUCAACGGGUAUGUUAGCUCCGAAUCCUCUCCCCCAGCCCCCGUCGGCUCUAUACCUCACUCGGCAGCGAUGAAGAGCAGCAACAACAGACCGCACUGGUAG